AAAUACAAAACCGCCUUUCACCACUCUCUCUCACCCGUCCUAUUUAUAUUCUCUUCCACUCUCCAACGUUCCACUCUCUGUCCCUCACUCUCCAAUGAAAGGAACCCAGACCAAAACCCUCUUUCCCUUCUUCCUGUGCCUAACCUUCCUCUCGGGCGGAUUUUCAAAACCGCUAGAUUUCCAAACCCUGGUUUUAACCCCUCUAUCAAAACCACCCACCCCAAACCUCGAUCUCCCAUGGAGCCAUUCCGAAGCUUCAACCCUAACCACAGCCACCGAAACUACCCCUCAGAACACCCUCCAUUUACGACUCGAGCACGUCGACUCACUCGCCUCGAACUCAACUCCUGACCAGCUCUUCCACCUCAGGCUCCAAAGGGACGCCCUCCGCGUCAAGGCCCUGACCACUCUGGCCGAACAGCCCCACCAUCGCGGUAGCGCACGCAACACCACGGCGCACGUUAAGGACUUCAGCAGCUCCGUCAUCUCCGGCCUUCCCCAAGGCAGUGGUGAGUACUUCACGCGCCUAGGAGUAGGCACGCCCCCAAAGUACUCAUACAUGGUGCUUGAUACCGGCAGCGAUAUUGUCUGGCUACAAUGCGCCCCUUGCCGGAAAUGCUACUCGCAGACCGAUCCCGUCUUUGAUCCGUCCAAGUCCCGGUCUUUCUCCACCGUCGCCUGCGGCUCCCCGCUCUGCCGGCGCCUCGAUGUCUCCGGCUGCGGCCGCCAGAAAUCAUGCCUCUACCAGGUCUCCUACGGCGACGGAUCCUUCACCGUUGGCGAGUUCUCGACCGAAACCCUAACCUUCCGCGGCACAACCGUCGGUAGGGUGGCACUCGGGUGUGGGCACGACAAUGAAGGGCUUUUCGUCGGCGCAGCUGGCCUUCUUGGACUCGGCAAGGGCAAGCUCUCCUUCCCUUCCCAGACAGGCCGGCAGUUCGGCCGGAAAUUCUCCUACUGCCUCGUUGACCGCACCUCAUCAGCGGCGGCGAAACCGUCGUCGGUGAUCUUCGGUGAGUCCGCAGUCCCCCGAUCGGCGAUCUUCACGCCGAUGCUGGCGAACCCAAGGCUGGACACCUUCUACUACGUCGGCCUCACCGGGAUCUCCGUCGGCGGGGCCCGCGUCCGGGGAAUUACGGCAUCGAGUUUCCGUCUCGACGCUGCGGGCAACGGCGGGGUGAUCGUCGACUCAGGGACUUCGGUGACGCGGCUGGUGCGUCCGGCAUACGAAGCGCUGCGGAACGCAUUCCGGGCCAGGGCGGUGGGCCUGAAGCCUGCGGCGGGAUUCUCCCUUUUCGACACGUGCUACAACCUGGCGGGGCUGAACGUGGUGAAGGUGCCGACGCUUGUGUUGCACUUCGGCCGUGGGUCAGACGUGUCGCUCCCGGCGGCUAAUUACCUGAUCCCCGUCAGCACCGACGGCAUUUUCUGCUUCGCCUUUGCCGGGACGACGAGCGGGCUAUCCAUCAUCGGAAAUAUACAGCAGCAAGGAUUCCGGGUGGUGUUCGACGCAGCGGCGUCGAGGGUGGGUUUCGCUCCGCACGGGUGCGCGUGAGAGGAAGGCUCGCCGCACGUGACAACAAGAUAAGAAGAAGAAUGUGAAAAAAAAAAGGUUUGGAAGAAAUUACAGUGUUUGUUGUUUUCUAUAGUAGCUGAAUAGGGAUUAUCUGAUGCUGGUUUUCACCCAAUAAGGGUAAUUUGGGAUAUUUUUUUAUCUGUAUUUCUUGUUUUUACUGAUCUUAGCUGUGAUAAAGUUACUAUUGUUUUUCC